GGUGAAUGGGUUACCCCAUCUCUUUGUCGGGGGCAGACUGGAAGCGCAUUUCAGCAAUACUUUGUAGCUCUGGUGCAAACCAACGCCAUUUCUCAGCUUAAAAUGCUUCAUUAAAUGUGUUAAGUCGAAAAAAAUCGGUUCAUGCAGAUAUCUAUGCUUAAACCACCUCGCAGAAAACGGCGUUUUCACGCAGCCGUGGCAUUGGUGCCAUAUGAUGUAGUCUCAUGAUGACGUCACAGCAUCGCUACCCAGAAUGUAGUAAUGCCAGGGCUUGGGCGGCGGGACGAAUCAGUUCCGUGCUGGUGUUUUUGCGUUGAGGGGGUGUCGUGUGCGGACAGCGAUAUCACGCUGUCGUUUUAAGCAUUGUUUGUUCAUGGGAGGGCGUGCUUCUGUGACUGUAAGACGAAUAAUGAAUGAUACGAAACGUGUCAUUUGGAAGGAUGGGACGGCUAGAACACAUUAUCGAAACAUUGGAAUGUUCUGCGUGCGUUUCUAACCUGAACUUUGUUCAUACACUGAUUUGCUUUUUGAUAACCUCCAGCCAUACACGCCCAGUUCUCCAUUGACUAUAUUGCAGGUUUCACAGCACAAGUCUGCAUUGCACAAACAAGUCAUGCACCAAGACCUAUUCUUUGUGGUCUUUCUCAUAUGUUGCUUUGGUCUAGGAUGUUGUUCUUCUGGGGAUAGAUCACACUGGUUUCAAUCAUGCCUUGCAAAUUGUGUGGAAAAUAAUUGCACAAACACCGAAGGUCCAGCAAGAGGUUUGAUUUGGACCUGCUCAGAUGAUUGCAAGUAUGAAUGUAUGUGGAGCACAGUGGAAACCUUUGUUGACAAUGGAAUGGGUGUUCCACAGUUUUAUGGUAAAUGGCCGUUCGUGCAGUGGCUAGGGCUUCAGGAGCCUGCCAGUGCCAUCUUCUCUAUCCUGAACCUGCUCGGCCAUGUGCUGAUGCUGCGUCGCUUCACGUCACUGGUACCUCGACACGCGCCGCUCUUCUGGCUCUGGAUCACCUACAGCCUGGUUUGCAUCAACGCUUGGCUGUGGUCCACGGUGUUCCACGCCAAGGAUACCGACCUCACUGAGAAGCUCGACUACUUCUGUGCGUUCUCCAUGGUCCUCUUCUCAUUCUACUCGGCAUGCAUAAGGUUUUUCGGGCCGCAGCUGUCGUGGCCCACAGUGACGAUUACGCUGCUCUGUCUGGGCUUCAUGAUCUACCACAUCUUCUAUCUGUCGCUGGUCAUGUUUGACUACGGCUACAACAUGAGGGCCAACAUCCUCGUCGGCGCUGUAAACGUGACCGCCUGGCUGGCGUGGUGCCACCAGCAGCGCGAGCGUGCCGCCCACGUCUGGAAGUGCGCUGCCACGGUGGUCUUGGUGUCGGUGUCCGUGCUGCUGGAGACGGCCGACUUCCCGCCGCUCGCCUGGACGCUGGACGCGCAUGCGCUCUGGCACCUCAGCACCUGUCCCCUGCCGCUGCUUUGGUACAGUUUCCUCAUCGACGACUGCCUGUACCAGUUAAGCCAGAAGAAGCUGCAGAAGUCUGUAUGAUAUUCGGUUUACUUCAUCCCCCACCUCACUCCGGGCUCCGUCUCUCAAGCGACCCCGCGUGAGAUUGCUUCCAACUGUCGGUUGGAUGCCCGGCCACCAGGUGGCAGAAGCGCGCAAGGCUUGCCCAUCCGUCACUGGUUGUGGCCGGGCGGCGGCUGCUUGCGUGCGCAGGCUGAGAGGACGCCCUCGUUGACCUGCGAUCACGGGCUCCCUCACGGACGCGCUGAAGGCUACAACAGCUGACUUCAGGACCGACUACAAUGGCGCACGGGGAGCGUUUUGGAGCGCAGUGGUUCAUCUGAGCUGUGCUUCCCCGUCAGGUCUGUGAUCAACGCGUUCUGAGAGUAUGCCGACGGCGCACUUGUCAUCGGUACAGUGCUUAUUCUGAACGAAAUGCCAUACGCCGAUGUGAAAUGAUGUCGGUAUCAGCUACCAGCAUCCUGAGUCCAAGAACACCUGAAGGUCGGAAGGCUGUGGAAAGGUUAUCGGAUAGUCAUUGACGGGCAGUUGAAUGGUCACAAUGUGCCCUUGGUGGAACGCGUCCUGAACUUUUCGUCGGAUUUGACCCAGUUGUUCAUUUCGAUGUGUUGCAGCCGGGGCAUCUGUAAGCAUGGCAUGGGAAGCUUGAAGCAAACCAUUGGCUGUUUUCAUUUGUCUUCAACAUUGCAUCUUUCACCAGUGGUGUUAUGAUUUCGCCUAUGUUGAAGAAAGUGCCCUUUGUCUUCUAGUCACGUGUUAAUUCCACAUACAAAGUUCAUGGCGUGUUUUCAUAUGUUCGUUGCCGUAUCCGUAUGUUCGAUGUGCUGUAACUGUAGCACAAUGAAACAGGAUUGGUGUAUGUUACGCAAUGCAACUAGAUGCAAUGCUAUAAUGAUUGAUACAUUAUUUAGAUAGGUUGUAAUAUAUCCUACUAUGCAUUCACCUUGGAUGCGAAUCA